AUGUCAGUUUCCGACCCCAUCAAGCCAAACCCAGACAACCAACCUGUUCCUCUCAUCUCCAUCCCUGAGAGCUCCUACAUAGCUGACCUUGCAGAGAAGGCCUAUGAAAAGGGCAGCACGGCAUUCUUGAGACUUAAGGCUUUGUCGAGAGUGAGGGAUGUUGUGCUCAGACCGGAAAAGCAAGGCAAGGACAUAGUCUGGAAUAGGAUAGCUAACCACGAGGCUAUCCUGGGGCAUACAAGAGGGAAACUGCAGGAGAAGCCAUGCAAUACCUGUGUACAGAAGAUUGGGCCCUUUGCGGACUGUGUCGCCGUUACGGGAGAAUUUCUUGGCUCUUGCACAAACUGUCACUACAAUAGCUGCGGGAAGAGGUGCUCUUUUCGCUACCCUAACCAGACACCCGGUUCGAAAAGGAAACGCUCCCUCUCGGAUGCAUCAUUUGUAGAAUCCGGGGGCGAUUGCGAUCCGCCUGCAAAAACUGUCAAGACCAGAAAGGGGGAUAGGGCCCAAGAUUUUGCAGUCCACUGGGAUGGAUUGUCUGGAAUCAUUCGGGAUUUGAUUGUCGAGAAGGUUUUUGGGACCGGAGCUUAAUUUAUUUCGUUUUGUUUGCCCGUUUGGCUUGCGAAGACUACUUGCAUUCUGUCACAAAAAUUCUGUACACUCUUUACAGUUGUCUCACAACCUCAUGUACUGCAAUUAUAAUUAUUUACAUCCCGUCAACAGACUGCCUGAACUGGAAUAAUUGAACCUCACGGUAAGACGUCCAGAAUUCCCCUCUUUAGAUAAGGGGGGGGGGUCACGAGGGGAGAGAACUGGCUUUUAGCCCUCCGCCGAGACAAUUAAAAAGAAAUAAAAACGGUC